UUCGCUCUUUAGUCGAGGCUUAACGCCCGAAGAAGAAACAUACAUUCAAGAGACAAGAACCCCGUGAGUCGUUUAUCGAGUAGAGCCCAGGCAGGCAGCCAUUAGCCAGGCUCAGUACAGAGUACCGUCUCAGUCAGUCGGAAGAACAAGAAGAGAGCUUGUAAGACAUCCUUCAGCUGAACAUUGUAUAGAAAGAAGAUUUCGAUCUAAAAAAAGCAAAAAAAAAGGUCGAUGUUCGUGUGAACGAAAAAGUGGGAAGGCGAGAUUGCGCGAGACAUUUGGGACAGAGUGGGACAGUUGCAACCGAGAGAUUUCAGUGUUGUUCAGUUGUCGGGCAAUCGAAACCGUCGGGUUCAAACGCAGGCAAACCGAGACGAGCGUGGACACACACAGUCCGGACGGAGCUGAUUCCUGGUACCGUCGCCGAAAGGAAAGGGACGAACCGCCGCCGUGAAUCAAAGCGCGUGUGUAUUUUUUUCCGAGGAGGAAGGAAGAAAAUCGAUAUUGUGUGGAUGUGUCAAAAUCAGGUCACUGUGGAUUUAAAGCAAGCAGUUGCCCAAGUGUUCUGCCUGUCUGAUUAGUCUCUUAAAGUGACAAGAUCGGAAGAAAGUAACAAUAACGAAAACGUCGUGUGAUAGUUCGAAGAAUCGAAUCAAGUGAUUCGAGGAAAGGAAGUUUGAGUUCACACAAGUGAAGACUGAGCUUAACAGCGGUUAACGCGGAGAUUUGGGAGCAGAGGAUUCAGCGUCAGAAGUAAUCAGUCUAAUCCCACGUCGCCGAGGAGCAGCAUAAUUUCAUCAUUCGAAGACUGAGUUCUUAGAGCCAACAUCAUCUACUACAUACUACUCAACUGUCAGCGGAUACAGAAAACUGCCGUCGGAGUGUCGCAACGCACUGGAUUAUAGCGUGGCGACGGCUCAGUUUUUCUUGGAUUAAUGUUCCUGAGCUUUGUGAAAUAAUUUGUGAGAAGCACUUGGUGCAAGAAGUAGUUGUGUUGAUUGAGGGUGGGUUAAAUCGAAAAUCAUAUCGAUUGGAUUGCGAAUCAUUCAAAUCAGGUGCCAAAUGAAAAGUUGAAAAGUGAUUGCCAGUGAAGGCAGUUAAAAAGUAAGCAAAAUAAAAAAGUUCCAAUGAAAAGUGGCUGAAGAGAGAAGUUUUAGUGCCGUUCACCCGUGGUCUUGCGCCACAGCAGGGUUGUACGUUGUGAAGUGUAACAAAGUUGAAAGCACUAAGCGCAAGCAACAUGGCGAUGGCAGCAUGUUAUCCCAACUACGACCUUUCUGGAUCAUCCGGAAUGUCGCAGCAUCAGCAGCAGGCGCAGUUGCAUCAUCUACCUGUAUCGUCGAGGCUAGCCGGUGGUGGGCCGAUGUCACAGAAGGACUACAGUAUCCCACUCCACGUGGACUGUAGUGUGGAGUACGAGUUACCAAAUCAGGCCAAACCACCGGUGGGAGCCCGGGUGGAACCGCUGCUGAUGAUCCAUCCCUGUUACUUCCGGAAGAUGGAGAGUCAGCGGCGAAGUCCCUUCAUUAACAACAUGCCAAAUUCAACCCGUAGUUCUAAUUCAAUUGUUGCCAAUGUUGUUGAUUCUACGUCGAUGACUCGACGCAGCUCCAAAUCUAGUUCCCAGCAGGCCCAACAGCAGCACGCUGUGGUGUCCAGCCAUCAAAGCACGAUGCAUCAUCACCAAAAUUUGCAACAGCAGAUCGAUCAGUACGUUCAGCGGCAGAUGGCUCACAGGCCACAACAAGCGUCACACUAUUCCGUUGGGUCUGCCAGUCAACAACAGGCUCCACAUGUUCAAACUCAGCAACAUCGCCAUCAUUCUCAUCAACCCCAACAACAGCAGCAGCGGUCACAGCAGAUGCAUCAACAGCAGCAGCAACCGCAACAGUCACACCUCUCCAGUCAACAACAGCAACCUACCAAUCAGUACAACAUGCAAACUCAACAACAACAGCAGCAGCAGCAGCAACAACUAGUGAAUACCUCAGACUGGAGCCGCUACAUGGCCUCCGAUGGGGUAGUCCGGAACUACGGGAAAGUCAAUCUGGCCAGCCAAACUGCCUACAGUAGCAGCAAGUCAAAAGUCAUCAAACACAGUAAUACGGGUAUGCCACAACUGGCUCACACAAGUGCCGCCGGUACUGGACAGCAGCAGGUGCAGUCGCAGCAGCACAGCCUGAUGGCUGCGAGUUGCGCAGCUGCGUUCAACAAUGGCAGUUUGGAGGGCGGAUUGCCGUCCGGUCCCCGAUGGGACAUCGAAAAGACUUCAAUGGCCGCUGUGCCUCGUGAUUUCCAGGCUGGUCCCGAAUCGUUACCGAUCAAAGCCAAUGCUAGUCUACUGACAAGUGGCAACAGUUCGCAGACUGUCAACAGUAACAAUACCAGCUACCAACCGUCGGCAUCAAUGUACCGGAAUCCGUCGGUGGUUGGUAAACGUGAUGCUAUGCUUUCCGGAGGCUGUGGUGUAUAUAGUAGCAGUAGGAAUAACAAUAACAAUAAUACUAUCAACAAUAACACGGAACUAGGACUGACGGCCGGCAGCCUGUGGGAUCCGGCGGCUUUGCUCGAGAAGAGUCCGAUGGCCGCGAUACCACGAGAUUAUCAAGCCGGCCCGGAGCAUAUGGUUGCUUGUGGGGGCAAGAUGUCCGCCGCCGGCAAUGGCAUGCUGACUUCCGCCGGUCACUCGCUGAUGCGGUCUGGAAGUCAUCUAAGUAGUGCCACCAGCGGGUCGUCGAAUACCAGCAGUAGUGGCAACAGUAACAACAACAACAGCAGCAGCAGCAGUGGAUAUCAGUCAGACAAGUCGCUAUUUGCUGGCAAAUACCGACAGCACCAGCGUACCUCCCAUCGGCUGCAUCCCUACAUGAUGGUGGCCGGUUCCAUGGGUGGUUCCUUUCCGCCGCUCAUGACUCCAACAUUCCCGCAGAUGCAGCAAGUGUCGUGUUAUAAUGUGUGAUUCUAGACGAGCUGAUGCUAGAAGAAAACGACAAAGAAAAGAUCGUCUAAAGUUAAUGAUGAAAGUGUAUGCAAAGAAGACGAAGCCGAAGUAAUAAGUUAUUAUUGAUUAAUCACUUGCUAUAAUCUCUUUGUUUGUGUCUUAUAACGACGAAGAAAAAGAAGGCAAAAGUAUAAAAAAAAAAUUAUAAUCGAGCAACUUUUUUCGUUGCAUUUAAAUGUGAUAGUAGUUUUACUCCAAGCAACUUCGAAAGAUAGUAAAGAAAAUAAUAAUUACAACAUAGGAUGCAAAAUAAGAAGAAAACAAAAAAUAUCGCUAUAUAUAUAUAAAAUAUGUGUUCCAAAGAAAGUCAACGUAGUGAAUACAGCAAAACACACAAAGUUAGAGCAGCCGUCGGAAGUAAUGUACGGAGCCGAAGAAAAUUAACGAAGAGCCAAAGCGAUCCUGAGGAGUGGCAGUUAAAAUGUUUUAAGUGCAUGUGAUGAACACGCGCAGUCAGCGAAUGCGUGAAAGUCAAAUCAAGUGAUGUUGAAGGCUAAGCGAUAAAAUGCCAUAAGAGAAGAAUGGCAAAGAUAAGUGGUGUUGUGUGAAGAUUGGAGCCGACAUUUUGGAUUACCGCUACCCGUCAGUCAGUCACCUGAUCGGCGAUCCACUGUUCGUCCCAGGAAUGACUAAUGAAUAUUUUCACUAACUCAUCAACGGAUUCCCCUUCAUCAUGCGAAUUCGAUUUCGCUCGCUUCAUCAAUAUUCAUCAAUGUGCUUCCUCGAAUAACUUGGCACGAAUUAUCAUCGCUUCAAAAUUCGCGAUAAUCCAAGGAGGCGGAGGGCCUUUUCGGCACGUCCAUCAUUUUGCCUGCCCACGUUCACGUACUCGUUUGGGUGAAUGAAGAACAACAUCAACAGCACCUCCAGUACCGGAACGUCAUGGCCAACUGCUGUGCGCUAAGACCGUUCUGUUACUCCGCAGGAAGUUUGCAGUACGUGCACAGAUCGCCUUGUCGAGGUCCACCAUCGGAUUCUAGAAUGUGGAAAAACGUACUUCCCUCCUCCCAGCGGACUAAACGACGUUCCGGAUGAAUAGAUUUACCGGAAGAUAUAGUUUAUACCUCUCGUUAGCUCUUCGCUCCAUCAUACUCAUCUCCUCGCUAAAGUUUAUAAAAAAAAAACUAAUUCACUCACUCCGGAUAAUUUGACCCAGACAGACACGAAACAAAUUCAUGUAUACACAGUCCUAAACAAUAACACGUUUACAUCCACAAUCAGAUUUAUCAAAACUGUAAAACCAGAUAGAAACGAAAAUAAUCCCGAAAAAUAAACAAUGAAGGGAAUACCUAACAACUAUUCAUACCGACCCUCGAUUCAUUGUCGAAAAUCAAAUAAUCAACCGGAGAGGGACUAGAACUGAUUUCUAGAGACAGUUAAGUAAGCUAGAUAACAAAUUGAAUUGAUCGCAGGAAAACCCUCUUGAAAAUCUACUUGCUGCAAAAUAACUCAAAUUCAGAAAAGCAUCAAUCGAGAUAAAAAAUAAUACACACACACACUCUUUAGGCCCACUAUCUAACCCUCGAAUUCUAUUGUUACGUUUUAUUAUUUUCUUUUUUUUUAGUUUUUGUACUUUUGUAGUUUGUAUCACUUCGUUCUUUAAUUAGCAAAAGGAAAACUAUUGUAUGAUUCGAUCUUUGUUGGACUGCAUUCCAGUCGCUGAUUUUUCUAUUACAUAAUCGAUAUUGGUCUGAGUUCAGAAAGGCUCCGGAAGCCCGAACGGUAGAACUUUACCGAGACAGAAUCCCCGAACUAAAAAGAAGACUGCGGAACACAAUCCGAUCCGGCGUAGGAAUCGAGUUUAGUUUUGCGUUUUUAAUUUGGCUGAACAAGCGAAAAAAACUUCUAGGGAUUGACACCGUUUCUCAGUGAAAUUUGUCCGUACACAAGAGUCUAUGUUUAAGUUUCUUUUUCGAAAAAAUAAAACUAUAAAUUAUCUCUAACUUCACUUGCGUUUCAUCUUUUAAUUUUUAAUUUUUUUUCGUUUAUGGCAAGGGAGAGGGAAAAAUUUCUGUUGAAGCUUUAGUCAUACGGUAAAAAAAGUAACGAAACAUAGAAAAAAAACUCGUUGGAAAAAAACUAUGCAAAAACGUAUUCAACAAAAAUUAUACCAAAAGUAAUCGAAAAAAACCUAUUAAAUUAGUGAGAAGAAGGGGUUAGAAAAAGCAAAAACAAUGGCGAAAAUUGCAGUUAUUCUUAUGUAAACUGAACUCUAGGGGAAAAUAAAUAAAAAAAAAAACAAAAUAUCUUUGUUUGUAAAUAUUGUUUAGGAAAAAAAUUAAAACAUUGAAAAAAUUCAAGCGCAAGUAAAACAAAAAAAACCUAACGCGUGAAAUGCAUGGACGUCAAGACAGAAAAAAAGAAGAAAAACAAAAAACAACCAUUUGUGUAUAAAUUAUGAUAAUUUAAUUAUUUAAAGAAGGUGGAAAAAAUAUGGAAAAUACGAAAAAAAAAAUCAA